AUAUAUACAUAUGCAGUACAUAUAUAUAAACAUAUAUAAUAUAAGUUUAAAAUAUCAAUGUCUUUAAGUAAGGAGGUGGUAAGUGAUCAGGUUUAAAUCCUCCAAAAGAAGGAUCAGCAGUCUGGGGUUGUGUAGCAUUCAUAGAAUAUUGAUAGCUAAGUAAGCGCAUGUGCUCUUGGAAUCUCCUUUCAAAGCUAGCCUCCAUCUCUGAUACUCUCUACCUCUAUAUGAAUACGUGCGGCCACCUCUGUCUGAACUUGCUCAGCCAUUUCUUCUCGAACUUGAGUAAGCUCAGAUUGCGGCUGUUGGACCUGUGUCGUAAGAAUCUUGGUGGUAGAAGAGGAGGCCUCAAUCAUGUCAUACUGUCACCAAGGGAUGCCAUGCCCUGCUAGAUCCUGUAAUGUAGACAUCCCUCUCAUUUGACCCUUUUUAGGAGGUCCAACCACUUCUUUCCAGAUAAGUGGAUCCCAUUCUGACCACGAAUCCUUGUUUGGCCCAUGCUUCUCCACAUAUUUUUGGUGAGCAUCGUUUUGUUUCAAAAAUAAAAUUUUCAUUAGUUAGGAAUUUCAAAUGAUAAUGGGAAAUCAAAUGAAAAAUAAUCAUUUCCUAAGUACAAUGGAUAAAAAAUUGUAUCACUUUUCUUUUUUGAUCAAAAUUGACAUUGAAAAUAAAUAAAAUUAAUAUCAUAAAAGAAUCAGAUUCUUAUAUAUGUCAACUCAGCCUGUGGACAUAUCCAAGUGGGUGGGGCAUCUUUUGGAGCAUCAGGUCAGCGAGUCGUGUGAAUCAACAAGUACAACUCUAAAGGUGUCGACCUAACUCCUCCUCUUUUAGCUGCCUAUUAAAACAUCAAUAAAAUCAAUAACAUUUCCAUUUUUAUGGUAAACAAAAAUAAUUUAUAUAUGUAUAUAUAUAAGUAUAUCCUACUAACUAGUCGAUCCUCGUGGAUCCCAAUAGAAAGGCGUCCAGUUGUGUGGGUCACACGGUCACCCUUUGCUCGGUUUUUCCGACCUCUUUCCUGGAGUGCAAUAUAUUUUGGACUCCCCCAUUUUGCCAACAAAAUUUUAAAGGUAUCCUUAUGCAUGAACUCGGGCAACUUCUUGUACUUGACCCAUGCCUUUCGAGCUCGAUGAAGCUCAUCUCAGAAACGGUUCCAACAAUGUAAUCUCCAAAUUUUAUACACACAAGCAUCAUCUUCUUCCCAAUAAUAUGUCCUCUGCAAUGAAAAAAAAAUUAAAUUUUAAUAAUUUCUUUGAUUUUUCUUAAAGAAAGAGCAAAGUUUUGU